AUGUCCAAGGUCAUUACAAUUUUCGGCGCCACUGGUAACCAGGGUGGCUCGGUCAUCGACGCCAUUCUCGCCGAUCCCAACCUCUCGAAGGAAUUCAAGAUCCGGGGUAUUACCCGCGACACCACCAAGAAAACCGCACAGGACCUCGUCAAGCGCGGUGUCGAUGUUGUCUCGAAUCAUAGAAUCCAUCAUGGGUAUAGACUAACAUUCCAACGGGCUGAUCUGGACUCUCUCGACUCUCUCACCGCGGCGCUGAAGGGAUCCCACAUUGUCUUCCUCGUCACCAACUACUGGGAGACCAUGAACGCCGACGUCGAGUACUCCCAAGGCAAGAAUGUCACCGAUGUCGCCAAGGCCGUUGGUGUUUCCCACCUGAUCUUCUCGUCUCUCCACCAUGUCACUGAGGAGACCAAGGGCCGUCUCACCAAUGUUCCUCACUUCGAUAGCAAGGCCAAUAUCGAGAAGUACAUUCGUGCUUCCGGUGUUGGAUGCAGCUUUGUCCUUCCCGGUUACUACAUGAGCAACUUCACCCAGAUGCUCGUCCGUGCUGAGGAUGGCUUGUAUCAGCUCUUCUACCCCGUUGGAAAGCAGGCUAAGUUCCCUCUCUUCGAUGCUGCCCAGGAUACAGGUCUCUUCGUGAGAGCUGCUCUCAAGCACCGCGACCAGCUGAAGAACAAGCAGAUUUUGGCCGCUACCAAGUACUACACUCCCGAUGAGAUCGUAGACACCUUCUCCAAGGUCACUGGCAAGAAGGCCGUCUUUAUUCAAGUCUCUCCGGAGCAAUACAAGGCCUCCUUACCUGCUGCUAUGGCCGAUGAGUAUCUCGACAACCAGCUGUUUGUGGAGGAGCCUGGCUACUACCUCGGAGAGCCCCUCGAGCCUAGUCUGAGCCUUGUCGAUGGCAAGCCCACUACCUGGGAGGAGUUUGUGAAGAAGAAUAUCUCUGCUUGGAAAUAG